AUGGCUACUGAAUUGACCGUUCAAUCUGAAAGAGCUUUCCAAAAGCAACCACAUAUCUUUACCAACCCAAAGGCUAAGGCUAACAGAAAGACCAAGAGAUGGUUUAAGGAAGUUGGUUUAGGUUUCAAGACCCCAAAGGCUGCUAUUGAAGGUAACUACAUCGACAAGAAGUGUCCAUUUGCCGGUUCUGUCUCCAUCAGAGGUAAAAUUUUAACUGGUACUGUUGUCUCCACCAAGAUGCACAGAACUAUUAUCAUUAGAAGAGACUACUUACAUUAUGUUCCAAAAUAUAACAGAUACGAAAAGAGACACAAGAACUUAGCUGCUCACGUUUCCCCAGCUUUCCGUGUCCAAGAAGGUGAUGUCGUUGUUGUUGGUCAAUGUAGACCAAUCUCCAAGACUGUUAGAUUCAACGUCUUAAAGGUUGCCGUUUCUAAGUCUAAAUCUAAGCAAUUUACUAAGUUUUAA